CUGUCCCGCUGAUCCCCUAUGAGUCCUUGAAGGAGAGAGAGAUGGAGAGAGCGGCCGAUAGGCAGAGGGUUCUUCUGCGGCAUCUGCAGCCCUUGUCUUGCAGCGAUCCUCCAUGCCUCACGGGAUCUAUUUGUGCGGCUACGGAGAAUUUGGUGUAUCAGAGGAGCAAUGGCUUUGAUGACGAUGUUGUUAUCGUGGCUGCUUGCCGAACUGCAAUUUGCAAAGCUAACAAAGGAGGUUUCAAGGAUGCACACGCAGAAGACCUUCUAGCUCCUCUUCUAGAGGAGUUGUUGCAGAAGACUAAAGUGAACCCAAAUGAAGUUGGUGAUAUCAUUGUUGGUACCGUCCUGGCCCCUGGGUCUCAAAGAGCUAUUGAGUGCAGGAUGGCUGCCUUCUAUGCUGGUUUCCCAGAGACUGUUCCUCUUAGAACUGUGAACCGACAAUGUUCAUCUGGUCUUCAGGCUGUUGCAGAUGUUGCUGCUGCUAUUAAAGCAGGAUACUAUGACAUUGGUAUUGGAGCUGGUUUGGAGUCUAUGACUUUGAACAAAGUUGGAUGGGAGGGGUCGCCUAAUCCAAAGGCCAAAUAUCUUCAACAAGUCCAAGAUUGUUACCUACCAAUGGGCGUUACAUCUGAAAAUGUUGCAGAACGCUAUGGCAUUACAAAGGAGGAGCAAGACCAAGCUGCUGUCGUAUCUCAUAAGCGUGCAGCUGCUGCAAUUGCUUCUGGCAAAUUCAAAGAAGAAAUUGUACCUGUCACAACAAAGAUCAUGGAUCCAAAGACUGGAGUUGAGAAGGUGGUUACAGUCUCCAUGGAUGAGGGUGUUCGCCCUAAUACAUCCUUGUCAGAUCUUGCAAAACUCAAACCAGCAUUUAAAAAGGGUGGAAGCACUACAGCAGGCAAUGCUAGUCAACUUAGUGAUGGUGCUGGGGCUGUCCUCCUCAUGAGGAGAGAUGUCGCAAUACGAAAGGGACUUCCCAUUCUUGGUAUUUUCAGGAGCUUUGCUGCAAUUGGAGUUGAUCCUGCUGUGAUGGGCAUUGGUCCUGCUUUUGCUAUACCUGCUGCAGUAAGAGCAGCUGGCCUUCAAAUUAAAGAUAUUGACCUAUAUGAAAUAAAUGAGGCUUUUGCAUCUCAGUAUGUAUAUUGCAUCAAAGAGUUGGGGCUUGAUCCCGAAAAAGUCAACGUUAAUGGCGGUGCCAUUGCUCUUGGCCAUCCAUUGGGUGCAACAGGUGCUCGCUGUGUUAGUACAUUGUUAAAUGAAAUGAAGCGCAGGGGCAAUGGUUGCCGAUUUGGAAUUAUUUCCAUGUGCAUUGGCUCUGGAAUGGGAGCUGCGGCUGUUUUUGAAAGAGGAGACACAGUUGACCGGUUCAGUAAUGUGCAGAUUGCCCAUUCUUAAUGCCUGCUAUUUUAAUUUGACUGUUGAAGCAGAACUCUAUUUUUUUAAAAUAAGUUAUU